AUGGCUCGGUCUCCCCGGAUUCUCUUAUACCUCUCUGUCUCUUUUCAUGGCUUUGCGCAGCUUUUGAUCAAGUCUAUUCUCGAUACCUAUUAUCUAAUAUCCCUUGUUUACAAUUUGGCCAAAGUGGAGGUCAAUGCUGUACCACCCGUUUACCAGAAUGACAAGAUUACGGAGAGAAAGGAAGAUUCUGUCUUUGAGGAGGAAGGUCAUCUCAAGACUGGUGAAGUCCACGAUGCCUUUGGUAACGAGGAGAACGCCGAGAUCAAGUACAAAACAUUAAAGUGGUGGCAAUGUGGUCGUCUCAUGAUCUGUGAAUCAGUGUCGCUGGGUGUACUCUCACUACCCUCCGCUAUGGCGAUACUAGGCCUCGUUCUAGGUGUCAUCUUGAUCAUUGGCCUCGGUCUUCUUGCAACCUACACCGGCUACAACAUCGGCUUAUUUCGCGAACGAUACCCACACAUUCAAAACCUAGGUGAUGCCAGAGAGAUCUUACUUGGCAAGUUCGGCCGCGAGCUCUUCGGUACAGGGCUAUUUCUCUUCUGUCUUUUCAUUAUGAGAAGCCAUAUUCUCACCUUCCGUAUCAUGAUGAACACCGUCACCAACCACGCCACCUGCUCUAUUCUCUUUGGUAUCAUCGGCAUGGUCAUUUCUAUCAUCCUCUCCCUCCCACGUAUGACGAAAGGCAUGAUAUGGAUGUCCUUCGUCUCGUUCCUCAGUAUUUUGACUGCAGUAAUGAUCACCAUGAUUUCCGUUGGAAUCGAAAGCCCCUCCCCCGGUACUAUUAUUAAAGCCACCACCGAAACAACCAUUUACACAGCCUUCCAGGUGGUCUCGAAUGUCGUAUUCGCCUACUGCGCCCACGUUGCCUUCUUCGGUCUGAUCGCCGAAUUGGAGACACCGCAGGACUUUAAGAAAUCUCUCUUCAUGCUUCAAGGCUUCGAGAUCUGCCUUUAUCUCACCGUCGCCAUCGUCGUCUACUUCUAUAUCGGAAGCGAAGUGACAUCCCCGGCCUUCAACUCCGCUGGCCCUCUAAUGAGCAAGAUAGCCUUUGGAAUCGCCAUCCCAACUAUUAUCGGCGCCGGUGUCGUCAAUGGCCACACUGACCUUGGAUAUAUCUACUCCCGCAUUUGCACGAAUUUGAAGUCCGCCUGCACCAGUGCAAUAAGCGCUCUGUCGGUAUUUGGUGAUUUGAAUGGCUUGAUUAGCGCUGUCUUCGCUAGCUGGUUCAGUUAUGGUCUCUCUGGUGUUUAUUGGUUGCAUCUGAACUAUGGCCAGUGGACUGUGUCGCCGAAGAAGAUUGCUCUUAUCGGUUUAAAUAUAGAAAUCGCUUGCUUUGGUCUUGUUCUUUGUGUGCUUGGGUUGUAUGCUUCAUGGGGCGGCUAUUAG